GGGAUUUAAAGGCGAACGUCCUCUUAAAGGGUGUUUGCGUUGUCUUGGCCGACAAAUAAAUAAUCGCGCCUCUCUCCCGCAGUCACACGAAGCGAGAAAGGGUUUUUUUUUUGUGUGUGUGUGAGUGUGUGUGUGAGGGGGGAAGCAGCAGAGAGUUAACCCGCGUCGCGCUCGGGACAGAGGGGGUGUGUUGCGUCGCCUGACGGCGCUGCCGGGGAAUUAAAGUCGGAGGACGGCAAAUGGUCCUUAAGACGCGGAGCCGUUCCUCGCGCGGCGCCCGCCAUGGCCUCGGCUCCUCGGCCCCGACCCCGACCCCUCGCGCCGCUGCUCGUGGCGCUGACCGCCGCCGCCGCCGCCUACUUCGCCGAGGAGCGCUGGGCGCCCGAGUCCCCGCUGCUCAGGCCGCGGGUGAUGGUGGCCCUGAUCGCCCGCAACUCGGCUCACAGCCUCCCGCUCAGCCUCGGAGCCCUCGAGCGGCUCCGCUACCCGCCCGCCAGCCUCGGCCUGUGGGUAGCGACUGACCACAAUGUAGACAAUACCACUGCGGUGCUGAGGGAAUGGCUGGUGAACGUACAGAAACUGUACCAUUCAGUGGAGUGGCGGCCCAUGGAUGAGCCCAGAUCCUACUAUGACGAAACCGGACCCAAACACUGGUCGAAUGCCCGCUAUGAACAUGUUAUGAAGCUACGCCAAGCGGCAUUGAAAACUGCGCGAGAGCGAUGGGCCGACUACAUCCUGUUUGUGGAUGCCGAUAACGUACUGACUAACGUGGACACCCUGAACCUGCUCAUCGCUGAGAACAAGACUGUGAUCGCUCCAAUGCUGGACUCCCGCUCGGCCUAUUCAAACUUCUGGUGUGGGAUGACCUCUGAGGGUUACUAUAAGCGGACCCCAGCGUACGUGCCCAUGCGGAAGCGAGAGCGAAUUGGUGUGUUCCCGGUGGUGAUGGCUCACUCUACGCUGCUCAUUGACCUGAGGAAGGAAGCCUCGCAGAACCUGGCUUUCUACCCGCCACACCCCGACUACACCUGGGCCUUCGACGACAUCAUCGUAUUCGCUUACUCCUGCAGACGGGCAGGAGUGCAGAUGUACCUGAGUAACAAGGAACACUUCGGGUUCCUCCAGGUUCCGGUGAAGCCUCUGAGCACAAUGCAGGACGACGUGGAGAGCUUUACUCACGUUCAGUUGGAGGCAAUGAUAAAUCACCCUCCGAUGAUGCCUUCAAAGUACGUAUAUUUGGCUCCAAAGCACCCUGACAAGAUGGGCUUUGAUGAGGUCUUUCUGAUUAACCUGAAGCGCCGGGCGGACCGGAGGGCACAGAUGCUUCGUACACUAUACGAGCAGGAGAUCGCGUGUAAAAUCGUGGAUGCUGUUGAUGGCCGGGCGCUGAACUCCAGCCAGGUCCAGGGUCUGGGUAUCGUUAUGAUGUCGGAUUACGAGGACCCGUACUCGGGGCGACCCCUGACCAAGGGGGAGCUGGGCUGUUUCCUCAGUCACCACAAGGUGUGGAAGGAGGUUGUCAUGCGAGGCUUACAGAGGUCAGUGGUCUUUGAGGAUGACUUGAGGUUUGAGAUCUUCUUCAAGCGGAGGUUGAUAUACCUGAUGAAAGAGGUGGAGGAGGCUGGUCUGGACUGGGAUCUGAUUUAUAUUGGUCGGAAGCGGAUGCAGGUGGAUCAUCCGGAAAAGCCUGUGCCUGGGGUGAGGAACAUGGUGGAGGCCGACUAUUCCUACUGGACUCUGGGCUAUGUCAUCUCCCUGCAAGGAGCGAAGAAACUCAUCAAUGCCAACCCCUUCUCCAAGCUGCUGCCUGUGGACGAGUUUCUGCCUGUCAUGUACAAUAAACAUCCGACAGCCAAGUACAUGAAGCAUUUUGAGACACGGGACCUCAAGGCCUUCUCUGUGGAGCCGCUGCUGAUCUUCCCCACACACUACACAGGGGACCCGGGUUACGUGAGCGACACCGAGACCUCCACCGAGUGGGACAACGAGAACCGCAAGACCGACUGGGACCGGGCCAAGUCACAGAAGAUGAGGGAACAGGCGACCAUUAGCAACGCUGCCCAGAACCUGGGCCCCUCUCACCCCUCCCUGAGCCCCUCUCACCCCUCCCUGAGCCCCACUCAUCCCCCCCUGGACACCUCUCAUCCCCCACUGGACACCUCUCAUCCCCCACUGGACACCUCUCAUCCCCCACUGGAUGCCUCGUCCAGAGACGAGUUGUGAGUGCCCCUAUGUGAGUUGAGCAAAGCUGUUCCCAGCAACACACAGAGCCCCACCAGGUAAUGUUAAACCGUUGUGUUCGGAGUCGGGCGACGACAGUGAAGCCGGGGCUCUGUGUGUUGCUGGUUUGAGGAGUUUUGGCUGGAGUGUGUGUGUGUGUGCGUGUGCGUGGGGCGGGCUAAAUCCGAUUAACCCCCGAGGUGCCAAUUACACACGAGCCAGGGUGGACGCUAUCUUGGCUCCUGUGUUGAUGUGCCGAGGGAAUUGGAGAGGCCUUUACCUUCUGAGAAUCCCCGUCCUCUCGUGUUUUAUACAGCGUUUGGUUUUGAUCAGUCAUUUAGCCCAGCCCGCAUUAUAGCUGCGAGGUGCCUUAUAUAUGCUGAGAGCAUCUCCACUCUGUUGCUGUCAAGCCCUCUGGGACGCAACCCUGCCCGAGGGGCUACCCUGCCCGAGGGGCUACCCUGCCCGAGGGGCUACCCUGCCCGAGGGGCUACCCUGCCUGAGGGCUGCUGUGUAAAUGCAAUUUGUUGUCAGUGCUUCGCUCCCAAGCUUUCAGUGUUGAGGGAUUCCUGGAGCAAUCCCAAGCUUGUUUUUUCCUGGUCUCAAAAAGAUCAGCUGGGAAGAGUAACAGCCUGUCCUGUCCUCCCCUGUACACUAAAAUUCCUAUUCCUCAGCACACUGAAUCCCGAGGGGAACCGGACUAAUGGGGGGGAAGAGAGAUUCGGAUCGACAGCAAGCUGGAGUUUCCUGCUAACGGCUGAUCCUUACAUUUAACAUAUCAAAGAAUUUUUUAAAAAAAUAAUA